AAGCGCAUGCGCGGCAAGAAUGGCCCCAGGAAGUCAAGGUUUUUGCGGUUAGCAGCGUUGCCAGACGUACGGAGCAUUUGGACUUUGCUGCCAGUUUGCCCAGCGUACUGUGCGUACACAAAAUGUCUGCUGCGGAGAGCCGCACGUUUGAUGUCGUCAAAGAGGUCAUCCUGUCAGCUCAUAAGGGCAACACUACAGCGGAGAAGAUGGACUUCUACAACAGCUGGGCCAGCCGCUACGAGCAGGACGUUGCAGUUAUUGACUAUCGUGCACCCUGUCUGGCAGCCAGCGCCGUCGCCGCCCACUUUUGCGGCGAACGCCAGACCGCUGUGGUGUUGGAUGUAGCCUGCGGCACAGGAAUGGUGGCCAAACUGAUGAAGAAAGAUGGAUUUGAACAUUUCAUGGGUGUAGAUGGAAGCCAGGCGAUGCUGCAGCAAGCCAAAGAGAGCGGACUGUACCAGGACCUGAAGCUGGUUCUGCUCGGAGAAGAGCCGCUUUCUGUCCAAUCAGGUGACUUUGACGUAGUGCUGAUAGUUGGUGCUCUGAGCGUGGGCCAAGUUCCGGUGGAGGUCACCAGGGAGCUGUGCCAGGCCGCCAAACAGGGGGGCCUCAUCUGCAUGACGACCAGGGGUAACCAUGACAACGCGGGCUACAAAUUGGCCUUGGAGGGCGAGAUAAAGCGGAUGGAAGAGGAAGGACUGUGGCGUGCCGUGGAGGUCUUGGAGGUGCGCACACACAAAAUGUCUGCUGCAGAGAGCCGCACGUUUGAUGCCGUCAAAGAAGUCAUCCUGUCAGCUCACAAGGGCAGCACUACAGCGGAGAAGAUGGACUUCUACAACAGCUGGGCCAGCCGCUACGACCAGGAUUGUGCAGUUUUGGACUUUCGUGCACCCAUUAUCGCAGCCAGAACCGCCGCCGCCCACUUUCGUGGCGACCGCCAGGCCGCUGUGGUGUUGGACGUAGCCUGCGGCACAGGAAUGGUGGCCAAAAUGAUGAAGAAAGAUGGAUUUGAACAUUUCGUGGGUGUAGAUGGAAGCCAGGCGAUGCUGCAGCAAGCCAAAGAGAGCGGACUGUACCAGGACCUGAAGCUGGUUCUGCUCGGAGAAGAGCCGCUUUCUGUCCAAUCAGGUGACUUUGACGUAGUGCUGAUAGCUGGUGCUCUGAGCGUGGGCCACGUCCCGGUGGAGGUCAUCAGGGAGCUGUGCCAGGCCGCCAAACAGGGGGGCCUCAUCUGCAUGACGAGCAGGGGUCACCAUGACAACGCGGGCUACAAAUUGGCCUUGGAGGGCGAGAUAAAGCGGAUGGAGGAGGAAGGACUGUGGCGUGCCGUGGAGGUCUUGGAGGUGAAGGAGUGGGAGAGAGCGGUGUCAGACAUCGAGGAGGGUUACGUACCUGGAUGUGUGUAUCUCUUUAAGAAGCUUUAACUGACAUGUUUACUGUACACAAUAUGAAUAAAUACAGUAAAGAA